AUUUUGUGCAUGCCAUGGAGAGCUGCCAAGAGGAGUCUGCAGCAGUGCGUGUGGCCGGCUGUGCACCCCUUUCUCCAGCAGACAAGCUGCCGCCGCCACCACCCCCUCUCCCGGAUGGAGACGGUGGAACUGACUGGAAGUUUCCGUGUACUCAGCGGGCCUCUGCAAUCCUACAGCAUGGAGGCUGGUCAGGACACCUCCCUCUUCCUGGUGAAGAUCUUGGAGGAACUGGACAGCAAGCAGAACACCGUUUCCUACCAGGACCUGUGCAAAUCCCUGUGUGCCCGCUUCGACCUGUCGCAGCUCGCCAAGCUGAGAAGCGUGCUCUUCUACACAGCUUGCCUCGAUCCCAACUUCCCAGCCACGUUGUUCAAAGACAAGAUGAAAUGUACCGUGAAUAACCAGCAAUCAAAGAAAAUCAUGGUGGCAGCAGACAUCGUGACAAUAUUCAACCUGAUCCAAAUGAAUGGCGGUGCCGCCAAGGAGAAGCUGCCCACUGGCCGGCAGAAAGUACACAAGAAGGAGGCGUCCUUCGAAUCGUGCAGGUCGGACGUGGAGACCUGCGACGUGGCCGAGUGUGAGCCCCUCAACUGUGAGCUGGGCGAGCGGCCCUUCGGCCGGGGCUAUCCCGCCCGGCAGGAUUCCAAGUGCCGGAAGAUGGACUGCAAGGACUGCCCGCAGUUCGUGCCCGCCUCCGAGCCCAACUUCCUGCUGGGCGUCAGCAAAGAGGCGAAAGCCCGCGCCGCGUCCCUGGACCGGCUGCAGGCGCUGGCCCCGUACUCGGUCGCCAGCCCUCAGCCCUGCGAGAUGCAGAGGACCUACUUUCCCAUGAACAUCGAGAACGAGUCCGUCUCGGACCAGGACUCGCUGCCUAUCACGCAGGGCAUCAAGGACACAUUCAUCUCCCAUGACGAGCCCUUCGUGGUCCAGGCCUGCGUCCAGAAAAGGACCAUCUUCAAAGAGGACUUUCACAAUCUGAUGAGCGUGUCCCCCGGCUUGGUCAGCCCCACUAACAAGGCAGAGGGGGAGCCAGGGGAGCCCCAGGGCCGGAAGGAACCCCACAAGACACCCUUCUUCAAUCACAGCUUUGAAAUGCCCUACAACAGCCAGUAUCUGAGCCCCGUGUACUCCCCUGUCCCUGACAAAAGGCGGGCAAAGCAUGAAAGCUUAGAUGACCUUCAAGCCUCCACAUAUUUUGGACCCACGCCCGUGAUGGGGACCCAGGAAGCCAGGCGCUGUCCAGGAAGGCCUGGCAAGCAGACCCCCUGGCCGGCCAAAAGCUGGAGCCUAAAUACGGAAGAAGUCCCUGACUUUGAACGGUCCUUUUUCAGCAGGAAUCCUUCCGAGGAGAAGCUACGCUAUCCAAACUCCAGCAGCCACACACCCGCCUUCCCCACCCCGGACCGGCACCCGGCCUACCUCACGCCAAAGGACCAACCGCCAAUGCUUCCUGUUGGCUACACAGCAAAACCCAACGGGCUCAAACCUAAAGAGAUCUCGUCCCCCGCUGACCUGGAGAAGCAUGAGCCCGUCAAAAAGUUCAAAGACAAGAGUAUCGGCUGCAGCAGCGGGCAGCUGAGCUCGGACACCAGCAGCGUGGGCACCCAGACCGAGCGGCACGCGCUGGAGCCCAAGAAAUGCAAAGACGUGUGUGGCUCGGGGCAAGGCAAGUACGCAGACAGGCACACCGCGAAGCAGUCGGACGACGACUCGGAGGUUGUCAGCGACGACAUCAGUGACAUUUUCCGAUUCCUUGACGAUAUGAGUAUCAGUGGCUCGACGGGAGUGAUCCAGUCGUCCUGCUAUAACAGCACAGGGUCCUUGUCUCAGCUCCACAAGUCGGACUGCGACAGCUCCCCGGAGCGCAACCUAAGCCAAAUUGCCAAUGGGCUUCCUGGCAGCAAGGGAGAAAAGGGCAACAGGCCUGAAACCAGCCACCGCUCGGAAGAGGAGUUGAAGACCAGUGUGUGCAAACUGGUGCUCAGGAUUGGUGAGAUUGAACGGAAGCUCGAGUCACUAUCGGGGGUCCGCGAGGAAAUCUCCCAGGUGUUGGGCAAACUAAAUAAAUUGGACCAGAAAAUGCAGCAGCCUGAGAAGGUGAGUGUGCAGAUGGACCUGAAUUCCCUGACCAGUGAGGCUCCGUCUGAUGACAGCGCCUCUCCCCGUAUGUUCCGUGCACACAGCAGCUCCCGCGGACCCACAAUGGACAGCAGCACCCACUGGUGCUGCUCUGAUGCCAGCGGGAGCAAUAGUGAAAGCCUCCGAGUCAAGGCCUUAAAGAAAAGCCUCUUCACCAGGCCGUCCUCGAGGUCGCUGACUGAGGAGAACAGCGCCACAGAGUCCAAAAUCGCCAGCAUCUCCAACUCGCCCAGGGACUGGCGCACGGUCACAUACACCGGCCGCGCGAGCCUCGGCGAGGAGGAGACCAAAGACAGAGGCCCUGGCGACAGCAAGGACUGGCAUCGGAAGUCGAAAGAGGCGGACAGACAGUACGACGUGCCCCCGCACCACCGAGCACACAAGCAGCCCAAAGACAGCUUCCUGGUGGAACAGGUGUUCAGCCCGCACCCCUACCCCGCCUCCCUCAAAGCCCACCUGAAGAACAACCCUCUGUACACGGACAUGCGGCUGACCGAGCUGGCCGAGGUGAAGCGGGGCCAGCCCUCCUGGACCAUCGAGGAGUUUGCCCGGAACGCGGGCGACAAGGGCAAGCUGGCCGCCCUGGACCUGCAGACGCAAGAAUCUUUAAAUCCAAACAACCUGGAAUACUGGAUGGAAGACAUUUAUACUCCCGGCUACGACUCACUACUGAAACGUAAAGAAGCCGAGUUCAGAAGAGCCAAGGUCUGCAAGAUGGCAGCUCUCAUCGCUGCCGCCGCCUGCACCGUCAUCCUCGUCAUCGUCGUGCCCAUCUGCACAAUGAAAUCGUGAGCCAUGGAUGCCGCGUGCGUGCAGCUCGGGACAGCCGGUGUCCUGCCCAGUAGUUUAGACUCGUGCGGCGGUGUGGCGACCGUUUGUUGAAACAGAUGAAACUCGGGGGGCGUUUCUGCAAAUGGUCUUCAGCAAGUACGCAUUCUAGCGAGAAACCUGUGUAUCUGUGAGCUUUGACUUCAUGACACUCGGACGCACGUUUAGAAGUGCAACAGCUUUUCCUACCAAGAGAAUGUGACGAACAAGCAGUGAUACAAACGGAAUUCCAAACAAAACAAAACAAAAAAAAAAAAAGAAGAAAAAGAGGAAGGAAUAUCAAUCCCAUCCUUUCCAUUUUGGUGAAGUUUCCUGGUGGGGAAUACAUUAUACAGAAGAUAUUUAAUACAGGCCUUUUGGGGAGAAGCUAAGGGAGACAGCAGGACGAGAAGAAAAAGGAUGCAUUCCAUUUUCCUAGCGUUCUUAGACCUUGGCAGGUGAAGUAAGAGGGCGGGUGUUACUUGUCUGCUGACUUGUAUCAAGGGCUACUGACUUUUCGCUCUUGCCCUUCUGUCAUUACGAUCGUCAUUGCAGAUCUUCGUGGAAACACUUUGGACCUUCUUCGUUGUACCCAGGGUGGGGAGGAGCGGAGCUGCCGAACCAGCCAUGGGUGAAGCGUGCUCUCUCUGCACCACAGGCCAAGGCAUUCAGGCCGGGAGACCUUCUUAUUCCCACCCCAAGGGGUGGGAGAGCUGCUUGCUAACAGUGUAAGGUCAAUAUUUGGAAAUCAUGCCCCCCCCAAAAAAAAGGCCUCCCCCUUCUUGCUUUGGUGUGUGGCUCCAUUCCUAACCUUCCAUCUCCUGGGGGAACCAGAUAUUCUGCUUCUCGCUCGUGAGCUGGAGUUCGGAACUUGCCCUUGUGCCUUGAGGAGCAGAGACGAUGGCUACACUUUGACAUUCUAACUGUAAACCACGGUUUCCGUGCACCACGAAUGGCAGCCAUUUCCAGUGAGAGCUUGUCAGGAAUAUGACGAAGGCACUGAGGUCCUCAGCAGGCCCAGCUCACUCCAGAGUUCUGAAUACUUGUCAGCAGUGCAAAAAAUAUUCUCUAUUUAACCGUUUAUCUAUCUACAGGUCUAUCGAAACACCGACUUUUGGUUUAUCGUCUUCUCUGUUAAAUAACUUGACAGCAAGAUUUCUCCAGUGUACAGGAAGCCAUUGUAAUUUCAUCCGAGUUUGUUCUCCACUUGUUGAAUGCUGUUUUGACAUAACUGGGCUGAAAGAAUCCUUUUCAGCAUUUGAUUCUAACGUCACGUUACAGGAGAAAGAAAACUGACUGACAGAAACUAGCUACCUUAAUUCUUCUGAGAACAAGGUGGGAUAUAAAUAAACAUUGGUAGUAAGAAUAAUCACUCUGGAUGAUGUAAUAAAUUCCUGAAAGAGGUUCGGGAAGCAUCUCAGAUUCUAAAGCAAUAGAAGCCCAGCAUCCACCCCCAAAAACGUCCAAAUAAUGCUUAGCUUGCUGUGUCUCAUUCAUUCUUGUUCACCGUAAGGCGUAGUCUGAACAUUCCAUGCUGUUAACAGUAAGGGAUGGAUGCUUUCAUCUGUAGUGAACCUUUAUUUUUAGAGGUCUUCAUAAUAUCUAUUUCAUUCUCAUGUUUAUGUGUAGAUUUUCAACUAGGUGACUGAAACUUACGCCUUAGUAUGGAAAACAGGAUUUAUAAUUAAAAAUGAAAAAAAAAAGACACAUAUAUUACUGUCUGUUGUAAGAAUUUUAGUCUUUCGGUGCUCAGUUUGGGGUUGGGCACAUUAAAUAAGGUAGUUAUUUUCUUUUCUUUUCGCACCACAGGGGUUACUAGAUUACCACCCUUGGGAGUUGGGCGCUGCCAUUCCAAGCCUCCCCCCGGGCAACCUGUCGCCACUGUCUCCCCUUUACCACGGACUAGGGUCUGACGGCAUCAGAGACAGGUAGUUCCCAAGCUCUUGCCCUAUGGUGUGCAGAGAAGUGGAGACACGCUGACCCAGGAGAAGAAAACCCUUGUCAAAUCCCAACUGGACACCUCACUGGUGAGCUGGGACCAUAGGGAAGGACCAAACCACUACUGCCACUGCCCUUGGGUGACUGUUCCUAAUGGGCCCUGUUUGCGCCAUGUGCCUAGCUACCUAGGCCGGGUGUCACUAUGCGCCCUGCCACGCGUGGCUGUGAAGGGACCCUGUAGAAUCUUUUCUGCCCCUCUCAUAGCUGGGGAGGUAAUCAGAUAAAUUUAGUUCUGCUCUAAGUCCAGAAUAGCUUUUAAAUCAGCUCAUCUUUGCCACAUACAGGAAACGUCCAGACCUGGUAAUACCCCUGGAAACCAGACAAUGACGGCCCAAAGGCGAGAUGGUUUCCUCUGGAAAGGGGUCUCCUCUGCCUGAUGGCUCUGAGUCUGGUGUCAAGUUAUGGACCUUUGCCAUGGCUGAAGCUGAUGGAUGGCUGGGGUCUUGGGAUCUGGAGAGGGUGAAGUUCAUGGUUGGGUUCUCUCUCUCCACUGACCCCAAGCUGGUUACAGCCUUCUUUCCCUGGACCCCAGACUCUCUGUAGCUCCUCGUGCCUCUAUUUGCAGAAUGGGGCAAGCCCGGAGUGUGGCUGGGAAGGAGACAUCGGCCCUUCUCUCUAAAAUUCACCUCUCAUCUCCUGCUGCUGUGAGCUCCCUGCAGUGACAUAGGGACUGGCCUAUCCUCUGUCCUGCGUGCCAUUGUCCACCACACUCUUAGGCAUUUUCACAGAAAGUGUAAUUUCUUGUGCCUGAGCCUAAAAUCACUACACUAUCAAAAUUCACCUCAUUUCUCAAAAAAUGAACAAUCAGAUGUUCUUAUUUAAGGGAUUACUUUGAAAUCAGAUACCUUUAGCCAAGGAUUAGAUUCAGAAUCAUUGCAUCCUCUUUUCUAGUCUGAAUUUGCUUUGAACUCAGCCUUGCAGAAAAGCAAAAAUAUUUCCCAGCUCAUGAUUUUCAGAUAUUUUAUACCAAGUACCCCCUUCUUUAAAUUGCAAAUACAAUUAAGCAAAUCACACUUAUAUCACCCAGGACUAGCUAUUCACAAAUUGCUAGUAUUUUAGAGCAUGCGGCUACGUGACUGCUAUCUGCAAGGCUAGUUUAAUAGAUGUGCUAAAACCCACUGUUUUGAAUGUGCCAUAAAUUCUCAUACCCGUACUGGAAUCUAGGCAGUGCUGUUUUGUUUACAGUUUAUCAAUACGAGAGCAAUGGCUCUUCAUUUUUUUUUUUUUUAACAAAAAUAGCUCUGCCAACAGUGACUGAUUCUAAGUUGUGAAUGUUGAAAAAUUAGUGAAUGUUGAAAUUCAACAUGCUUCAUCUUAUAACCAAUCUGCAACAAUAUUGUGGUCAAUUGUGUGAAUACCAAAUCAGUAUAUACUGUAUAUUAUACUUCGGAAAUUUGUACUUACAGGCAAAGAGACUAGCACUUGUUGAUAGGGUUGGGGAAAAGGGUACUGGAUAUUUCUUAACCAUGAGAAAUGCAACAAACUUCCUUAUUUAUGCCUUAUGAAUAAAAGGGUGUGAAAUGUAAGGUGAAGUUUCUGCGUGAGGCUCGAAAGGAACAGGUGUCCGUGAAGGCAGUGACUUGUCCUUUCUGUGUUUGUCCUGUACAGCCCAGCACACUCUUGGUGCUUGAUCAAUGUUAUAUACUACCGAUAACUAAGCACAUUUUUAGAUCUUUUUUUAAAUGGCUUGUGUAAAAUUUGGUUAAUGUACAACGGUUGGUUUGAAGCUAUCAUGUAAAAUCUGCCUCUCCAAAUAUAAUCAAAAAUAAA